AUGGAUCGAGGCAAAUCUCGCAACGAUGAGUCUGCGGACGACUUCAUCAUGAUCGACGAUGAUCAUAACCUUCCCUUCCGACCGCGAUCGGCCGCGCCUGAAGAGACCGUUGCCGUCGAACUGCAUCCUUUAGACAACAGUGACGCCUUCAUAGUAUCUGUGCAGACCCCCAAGAUACCAAAGGACGGUGGCAAACGCGCCUCGUGCGAUGUUGUGCUUGUGAUUGAUGUGUCUGGAAGCAUGAGGGGGGCGGCACCUGUGCCUGAGGCUGAAAAUGAAGACGAGAAAGAAGCGGCAGGUCUCAGCAUUCUCGAUCUGACCAAGCACGCGGCGAGGACGGUUUUGGAGACGUUAGGCAAGGAUGACAGACUCGCGAUAGUGACCUUCUCGGAUGAUGCCAAGAUUGUACAGAAGCUCGUACAAAUGACACCCCAAGGAAAACAAACCGCGUGGAAGCGGAUCGAUGGCCUCCAAACCGAGUCGUGCACCAACCUUUGGGCGGGAAUCCGCUGUGGAUUGGAGGUGUUUGAGCAGACGAAGAGUAUGGGAAAUAUUCAAGGGUUGUUCGUUCUCACGGACGGUAUGCCCAACCAUAUGUGUCCGCAACAAGGAUAUGUCGCCAAGUUGGAGCCCAUGCUGUCGAAGUUGGCUGAAGAGAAAGCGUGUACGCCCACAAUCCAUACCUUCGGCUUUGGCUACAGCCUCAAGCCAGGGUUGAUGCCAUCGAUUGCCGAGGUUGGGAACGGGGCAUACUCCUUCAUACCCGACGCAGGCAUGAUUGGCACCGUGUUUGUCCAUUCGGUUGCCAACCUGUACACGACGUUGGGCACAUCGGCCACUCUGAAACUGGAGGUUCCGAAGAGAUUGACCCUACAACCCACGCCGGGGAUUGCUUUUGAGCCGGGAAGAAAAGGCAUCAAGCUGAACCUGGGCAACCUACAAUAUGGUCAGUCUCGAGAUCUGGUUGUCGCUUGUUCUGGCAUUGCUGCAGACGCCGUCAUUCAUGCCAAUCUUGAUUACAAACUGCCAAAUGGCGACUCGCAGACCUACCAGAGCGUCGCAUACUUUUCCGAGAAGACGCAACUGCGGCCCGCGAUCGUCGACUACCACAUGAGUCGAGCACAGAUCUGUGGGUUUCUGUCUUCCCUCUUCCCGGUCAAGAAGAAUGGUGAACACGGAACGCUUCAAGACAAGAAGGAGGUGACGCAGGCACGAUCACGGUUAGACGCGGUCGUGUCUGCGAUUCAGUCUUUGCAGACCAAGCACGAUCCACUCGUCAAGGCUCUGCUUGAGGACCUGGUGGGAGACGACCCGGCGGGCCAAAUCUCCAAAGCGUUGAUGUGGUCGGAUCAGAAGAACUACUGGAUGAAAUGGGGGCGACAUUACCUGCCGAGUCUCCUGCAUGCGCACCAGCGUCAGAUAUGCAACACCUUCAAGGAUCCAGGUCCGUUGAUGUAUGGCAAAGACAGUCCUCUAUUCAUUCAAUGCCGAGCCGAGCUUGACGCCGCAUUCGAUAAUCUGCCACCGCCGAAACCCAGUCGCCCACUGAGAGUGGUUCCGGUAUACGACCGAAAUGGGACGAUGACCGGGACCAGAACUCGAGCUCACCGUCAGGUCAGCAUGGGCAGCUACAACUCCAAUACUGCACCUUGCUUCGAGGGUGACUCUCGAGUCACAACCGCAGAUGGAUCCGCCAUACCGAUCAAGCAUCUCACUGCAGGUAUAUCCGUCUGGACACCCAUGGGAGCACGUCGGGUGGUCGCGGUCGUCAAAACACGAGUUCGUUAUCAGGAUGGUGGACAGCUGUGUCGGGUUGGCAAGUUGUUGGUGACCCCGUGGCAUCCUCUCAAACACGAUGGUCGUUGGGUGUUCCCUCAAGAAAUUGCCGCAGACACCGAAGCUUUUCAAGGAGACGUCUACUCGAUUUUGUUGACUCCGUCACGACAUGCCGCUGCUCAUGCCAUUGAAGUUGGCGGCCAGAUCUGUGUGACUAUGGGACAUGGCAUCACUCGCCGCCUGCACGACGCUCGAUCACAUGCAUUCUUUGGCAACUAUCGACGGGUAAUGAUGAGUCUGUCUCGACUUCCCAAAGGCAAGUACGGACAUUUGAAGUGUGGUGGAUUGCAGAGAAAUGUGGUCACUGGUCUUGCGUGCGGAUUCAUGCCACCACAGGCGAGCAAGACUGGAUAG